AGCUGUUUACAUACAACCAUAAACAUUGCAUUAUGUUUCUGCAUCUUUAUUUACAUAAAUCUGUAUUUUGCUCUUAAUGUUUACAACGUGAAAUUAAUAAGAAAUGUCAAUUUAUCGAGCACGCGUUAAAGAAUUUGAAGAUGCACUAAAAGAAGAUGAAAUACAGCUAAAGUACCUGCACGAAUUAUGCUUUAAUGGUAUACCUGAUGGUUAUAGUUUUCGCUCCUUAUGUUGGAAAAUAUUACUAGGCUAUUUAGGUCACAAGAGACUUACAUGGGAAGAGACACUGUCAAGAAAACGUUCACUAUAUCGUCAAUUUAUUGAAGAUUUAGUAAUACCCCCAGGUAUUGCUGCAACAAAUGGAGAAAAUGGUUGUUUAAACGAUCAUCCGCUUAGUGAAGGCCCGGAGAGCGCCUGGAACACAUUUUUUAAUGACAAUGAAUUUCUAUUACAGAUUGAUAAAGAUGUUCGACGGUUGUGUCCAGAUAUAUCAUUUUUUCAACAACCUACAGAAUUCCCAUGUGAUAUAGUUGCUAAUAGUAAAGGCGAACGAAGAUUGCAUCAAAGGGUUGUUCCCUCAAUAUUAAGCUCUGCCAACGUUGAACGUAAAGGAUUAGGCGUUACAAAGCAGAUAAAUCUUAUAACAAAACGUUCUUUUGAAAGUUAUAGCGCAAUGGAAGAGGGACAAGAAGCUCAUUGGGAAAUAGUACAACGUAUAUUAUUUCUAUAUGCUAAAUUGAACCCUGGACAGGGUUAUGUGCAAGGCAUGAAUGAAAUUGUUGGGCCAAUUUAUUAUGUUAUGGCUUCUGAUCCAGAUAUUGAGACACGAAAACAUGCUGAAGCAGAUAGUUUCUUCUGUUUUACCGCACUAAUGAGUGAGAUACGAGAUUUCUUUAUAAAAACUCUGGACGAUACCGAGGGGGGUAUAAAAUUUGUAAUGACAAAAUUAUCGAAUAUGGUGAAACAAAAAGAUCCUGAAGUAUUCGAACGUUUAAGGCAUCAAGAACUUCAUCCCCAAUAUUAUAGUUUUAGGUGGUUAACACUAUUACUUUCACAAGAAUUUCCACUGCCAGAUGUUGUGCGCAUAUGGGAUUCUGUAUUUUCAGAUGAACAUCGCUUUGAUUUUUUGAUUCGAAUAUGUUGUGCAAUGAUAUUAAUUCAACGUGAUUUAAUUUUGGAGAAUGACUUUGCAUCCAACGUAAAACUUUUGCAGAACUAUCCUCCAAUCGAUAUAAAUAUCGUACUCUCUCAUGCAGUUUCUCUUAAGUGAUAAUGAACAAGGCACAUUUGGAACGAACUACAAACGCCCAAGGUAUCAAAUUAAAAGCAUUUGUCAAUGAAAUCAUUCAAGAAAUAUAUUAGCUCUUAAACAAUCUACAAAGCAAUCGCAAGAAUUUAAAUAAGACAUUUUAUUAAUAUAAUUUUUUAUAAUAAAUAUAUACAUGCAAAUAUGUUUUAAAAUAUAAUUUCACGGUACUUUAAAAUUUUCACUACAAAUUGCUUACAUCUAAGAUUUAAUAUUAAACAUCAGAGAAGGAGGAAAGACAGCUCAAGACAAAUCAAAUUAUUACAGCACUGUAUGGUAUUAUGAAG